CCUGGAUGCAACAAGAUGGCGGCAAACGCGAAAUAUAGACAAGUCUGAACUUAUACAACUUGGUCAUAAAUUUCGUUCCUUAAGAAAUGGAAAAUUGUAAGCCCUUUGCACAUUAAUUUUAUAAAAAAUUAUAUUUAAAUUUCUUAGAAUGCAAGAAAAUAUUUUAAAGAAAUUUAACUGAUAAAGUUACUUGAUAUUAAUUAGUAAAAUAAAAAUUAGCAUCAAUUUUUUCCUUGUCUUAAGUCUAAGUUCUUAAUCUUAUCUAAUCUGAGCUUUACUUUUUUUAUGAUGUACAAGAUUAGUUUAUAGUAAUUUAUAAGCACUAACAAUUAAUGUGCACUCUCAAUAUCCUUAUACAUAGUCAUUUAUUUUUAAUACAUUUAAUUUGCAAUUUGCAAAUUUUGUCAAAGAAAUAGGGAUAAUAAAGAUGAUAAUUUAUAUGAUAGGGAUAGUACUGAUAGCAACAAUUGAUAGUCAAAGUCCUUCUCCCGCUAGGCCUAACUAAUACUAAUAAUAAGCAUAAAUAAAAAUUUCACCGCUCCUACUUACUGCUAUGUGCAUCUAUCCAUCGGGCAUCAGGAUCAGCCUAAGCUGAAAGAAGUAAUUUUUGUAAAGUUGAAAUAUGAAGAAAAACUCAGAGACAAUUAUUAGUAAAUUUAAUUAGUAGAGCCUAGGCGUAAGUGAGUAGAAGUUAUUAUUUCUACAGUCAAUAGGGCCUAACUCUACCUAAUGAUUACAAAAUUAUCUUUUUGCAAAGCCCAGGCUAGCUACUGCUAAUAUUAUAAUUAUAUCAAUUAUAUUAUCAUACAUAUAGAAUAUAGCUAUAAUAGUAAUAGGACUUGUAAUUUUGACUUAAUAUUGUCUUAAUAUUUAAAAACAGUGUGGCAGAGCCCUUUUGUGAAUGUAUUUAAGCACUAUAAUUUGACAGCAUGGAAGAGAGCUUCAAAAGAAGGAGAUGUUAUUUCGUUAAUGGUAAGUUUUUAUUUUAAAUUAUUUUACGCUUUUGCUUAUAUUAUAAUUUUAAUUGAUUUAUUAAAAAUUUGGUCUUUUUUUGUAGGUAAGUCUAUCAAAUGUGAUAUGUUUUCUUUAACACUUCAUUUAGUUAAAUUGUAAUACAAUCAUGUCAACAGAUUUUCUUUAGAUAGCAUUGAUAAAAUCAGAAUACAUUUUUUUACAGGACAAGACAGUGAAAGGUACUGUUUUUCGCAUUGAAGGCAGCAUCCAUGCAGCCAACUAUAUUCAGCUCCCCAAGACGAACUCUCAAACACUUGCUUUAACAGGCCGCUACUUCUAUCUGCUAUUCAAACCUAUUCCAUCAAAGCAUUUUGUUGUUCAUCUGGAUGUAGCUACUUCUGAUAAUCUUGUGAUCCGUAUUUCUUUUUCAAAUUUAUUUAAAUCCUUCAAGUCAACAUCAACAUGGUUGAAAUUUCCUUUUGUCUGCUGUCCCUUUGGAGGUUCACUGCCAGCAUAUGCAGUGGAUGCAAAAAGAGGUGAAAAUACUUCUAGACCUGCUCAUUUCUUUUAGAAAAUGAACAUAUUUUAAAAUAAUUAAUGUAAAAAGAUUUUUUAUUGAAAAUUUCAACAUGUUAUUAUUCAAUAAAUAUAUUUUAUUUUUUUCAUGUAAAAGACUUUAUUUGUAUUUUUAUCUUAUAGCUAAUUCUUCAAUAAAGUUAAUAAAUUAUGCAUGUAUGUCUUUUACUAUUAUUUUAAGCUGUUUUCUUAUAAAACCUUGUUGGAAGAUGAGAGAAUUUAAAUAAAAUGUUUCUUAUUUUAAGGCCAUCUUCAUUUCUAUGAGCAAUGAUAAAAAUGACAUUUAUGUGAAUUUAAUCAUAUUUAUGAAAUUGUAUAAAUUAUGCUUUGAUAUAAUUUUUUUUUCUCUAGACCAAAGUGGACCAGCCCCAAUGAUUACAAAAUGGACUGUUCUAUGUUUAGAUUUACAACAGAUUUUAAGCAGCUACUUGAAUAGAAAAUUUCUCUAUAUUAAGUCUUUCAAGCUUUGUGCAAAUAUGUUAGUGAAGAAUGUGUUCACUAGUGAUCAGCUGUAUGACCCUGGUAAGCAUUAUUGCAUGCAAGAUUGCACAUUUUAAAUGUUUGUCAUUAACACAUUAACUGCUAACUAGGGUAUUGUGUGUGACCAGAUGUCAGCCACGGUGCCACCCAAUGUAAAGCUACUAAAGUAAUUUUUUUCUUCUUUUUUUUUACUGUUUAAACAAAAUUAAAUUUGGUAUUUAACUGGGAAAGGUUUCCGAAUUCAAAAAUAGCAUUGCAGAUCAUGGGAAUAUUUUUUUUACAUGGAAGAAAAUUAAAUUCAAGAAUAUCUAUUUAUUUCUUUGACUCGCAGAGAAACAAAGAAAUGUUGAUAAACUCACUAUAUUGCCAAAAUGAGCAUUCUCUUUCAGUCACAUUUUGAUUGUAAAGUUUUAUUCAUAAUGUACUAUGUUUAUUUAAAAACAUAAACAUGCCCAGAGGAGGUCAAUCCCAUAAUUGUGUUAAAAAUAAGCAUGUGACAAUAAGUAAUGGCAAACAAAGCUAAAAUUCAUUUCAGUUUCAAUAAUGACAACUAGAUUUUUAGUUUGAGUUCUUAAAAUAAUUUUCUAUUUAUUGAGCGAGGAGAAAACAAAAACAUAUCAGUGAAAGUUGAAAAUGAGAGUGAUAAAAAUAGCAUAGUUAUUCAAUUAAUAGCAGUGACGAGAACUUUGCUUUUUGUAUUUUGAGUAUCGUAUUUGACUUAGGUAUAAAUUUCACAGAGAACUUAAAUAAAAUAUUCAACACGUUUUUUUGUUUAUUUUUCUUUUAUUAUGUGUAAAAAGGUCAUAUCUUUCAUUUACGAUGAAAUCAAUUGAAAUUCCUUGUAGAUUUGACAAUGGAAGAGGCUAAGAGGCAUGGUCUUAUGGCCCUUAACAUUUGUCCUUUGCCAAGAGAUAUGUCUUACCCUGUUGGGAAAGGGGAAAACUGGCAUGACCUUUAUGACUUUAUAAGGUAUGUAAACUGUGUUUUCAGCAAAAUAUUAAAAUUUUACAACCUAAAUGAAGCAUUUUGCUUACAUCCAUUUUGAGACCUAUUAAUAAAUGUGCUGCCAAGUACAAUACACAAUGGUUUCACAUUAUUUAUAUUAAUUUACUGUGAAUACACAGAAGGAUAUGUGGUUUAUUAAAUAAUAAAAUAAAAUAAUAAUAUUAUAAGGGAGAUGACUUACAGAGAGUGUCAUACGGCAAACCAUCAGAUAGUGUGGAGUUCAUGCUGUAGUUUGAUGUUCUUGGCAGAUUAGUGAAAAAUGUAAAUACUUUAGUUAAAAGUUUCAGCAAGGAGAACUAAAUCUUAAGAACAAAAAAAAAAUUUGGUUUUAAGUUACACUCUACUUUUUGUGUUUAAUUUCAGAUUUCCAUCUGACAGCACUCAUCAGCCAUUUGAUACCAUACAAGCUAAUAAAUCAAAAUCAAAGCUAACCAAAUUUGGUAACCUAUUUUAUUUAUUAUUUUUACUGAUUCAUUUUUAUCUCUUGUUGGGUGUUUAGUUUAUUGGCUUUAUACAUAUAUAGUCUUAAAGAACAACAAAGUGUCAGUGAAAUAAGUUGCCAUGAUGUCUAUGGUUCGUGUAGUUCCAAAUAAGACAAAUUAAAUGUAUAGAACAUAGUUGUCCAUAUUUCAUAUAUCUGCACUUUGACACUACUGUUAAAGGAUUUUUUUUUUUUAAUGUUAUACAAAUAUCUGUUACUUUUAGCAUCAAAUAUGCACAGUGCCAUCCAUGACCCAUUAAGAAUUCAGACAAGAACGGUUGAUGUGAGCAAAUGUGUCUCUGAUAGAGUGUCCAUGAUCCAUAAGCUCACAGCUCCCAAAGAGGUAUGGGGCCCCGUUUUUGUUUAAUUUAACAACAAAAAUUUUGUAAAAUAAACUGCUUAUUUUUUAAAAAACAAAUAUUUCGAACUAUUACCUUUUAUUUUAUCAUUUGAAAUAUUAAAAAUUGGACAUGAUAUUGGGAGUGCUAAAAUGUUUGUUUUAAUUGUUAACAUUGUAGGAUUCUCUGAACCAUUUAGAUAAAAAUCAAAGGAAAUUGAUGUUUAAGUUUUAUUGUUAUUGGUGUCUUUUUUUUUUUCUUUUUGCAAUGAAAAUUAAAGAAACCUGACAUGAGGAAAGUAACAAAAGAAAUACCUGAGAUCCCAACAAACAUUAAUGAGAACUUUGUUGAUGAAAUUCAUGUUUAUGCACAUCCAGAUGGUUACAGAAACCACAAAAAAGUAAGACAUGUCAUUCAGAAUCUUGAAUUAUUGAUGAUUAUGUUUAAUCUUUUAUAAUAGUUCAAAACAUAAAAACACCAAUAUAAUUUUAGUUGAUAGGGGUGUAUACAUGUGUAUUUUUCAGGGUGUGGUGAUUAUCAGCAAUUAUAUUUUUUUUGGAUGAUUAAUUGGUAAUCUGCCUGUUAAGCGCAUCCUUGCCAGCCUUGCAUGCGUAAAUACAACAAUCCUGCUUGAAUUGGAAAAUAAUUAAUUUUGUUAAAUUUUUAAUCUGGCUAGAUUUCAAUUAAAAAAUAAACAUAUUUAUUAGAUAGUGACAUGUAUUUAAAUAUAAGUAUAUAUACCAAUAUAUAUGAAUUCUGCUAAACUGGGAUAAAUUGUUUAAUCUAAAUAAAAUAAUACCCUAUAUAUUGCAAAGAAUCUUUACAUUCAAUUGUCUGUCUUUUAAUUUAUUUUAUUUGCAAAUAUUUUUUUCUCUAAAUAAAAAAAUAUAUUACAUUUAAGUUUUUAAUUGUGAUAUUUGAGUAAUGCAAGUACUUUCUAAGGUGCCUCAUAAAGUCUUUUAAAUUUACCUUAUAGUAUUCAAUAUUAAAAAAACCCAAUUCUUUCCUAUUUUCCCUGUACAAUCUAGGAAAAAAAAAUGAAACAGAUUUUUCCUCCACCUGACUCUAUGCCAACAUAUAAAGUAAGUUUGAUGUUGUGAAGAUUUCUUGGUGAAGAAAAUGUGCGGUUAAAUCUCCUUUUAUUAUCAUUAUGAUAUACUCAUUUAAACUUGAUGUCGGUCACAACUAUUUCUGACCGUGUUUUUAAAUGGAGGCAAGUAUCACCAUUUUUGUGUUAGAUUUUGUAAAGAAGGUAGCACCUCAAAUGUUAAAAACUUUAUGUGUCAGUACAAAUAUUUUAAAAAAUUGGCUCACCUGUUCUAUCUCUUAAAGAGCAUUGUGUGUCUUUAUCCUUAAAUUACAAUCAAGACAUUAAAAUGUUCCACUGUAACAAAAUUUCAUGACUUCAAUGGUCAAUGCUGAGAGAGGGCUAAGCAAAGAUGGAGAUUGUCAAAACGAACAAUUUAUGAAGACUACUGCCGAUGGAAAUGAAAGAAAUGGAAAAUUUAAUUAGCCAGCAAUUUAAGGAAUGAAAUAUGUUUUAAAAUUGUUUAAUAAAUUAAAAUAAUUCAAGAAGUUGAUGGGAGAGAAAAUAUAUUUUUUUGGUUUUGGUAGUGAGGUUUCCCAAUGCUUAUCUUCUAGGCACUAGAACCUAAUCCCAUCAUGAAGUUGAAAAGAAUCAUUGGAUUUGGAGGAGCUACUUUCCAAGAUGUAAGUAAUUGCUUAUAUAUAUAUCACAAGAGUUCUGUUCCCUGUGCAUAGUUCAGCGCAGUAAAAAAAUUCUAAUGAAAACAGUAGCUGCACGUAAGAAUAAUUUUGUUUUUUUAUAGUUAAGUUGAAAAAAUACUACCAUGUGACCUAAGGAACAUAUUUUAAAUUUUCAAAAAGUUUCAGUGACCAAGAUGAUUGUAUAUCCCUUAGCAUUAUUAAAUCUGCCUCUUUAACUAAUUGUUUAUACAAUGGAUCUUAAAUACAAUCUCCAACUUAUAUUGUAAUUAAUGGCAAAUACUUUUUUUACUAAGUGAUCAUUUUGAGAUUAAAUAUUGGAGAAAAAAAUUAAUUUAUUAAGAAGAUUUGCUUUAUAAAAACAUUUAAUAAUACCAGGACCAGUGAGAAACUCUACAUUAACUUAUCAAUAAAAAUGGAAAAAUCUUUCUUACAUGUGAAGAUGAUAAAUGAAGGACUGGGUUCACGCUGUGUGAAGGAAACAGUAGAAUGAGGUAUGUGGGAGACUUAAACAGAAAGACAGGACAAUAAAAGAAUGUCUCAGCUAAGAGCCUUCCUCACCAAAACAUUCUCCUUUUACGGUCCUGUCUUUCUAGUUCAAGCUUCCACAUACCUUGUUCUGCUAUUCACUUGUGUGGAACAUUUCUCUCAACGUUAUAAUAAUAUUUAUUUGAAUUUAUUUUUAGAACAAUGAGCUUAUCCUGGUCAUCAAGUUUUAUUUAAUCUUAUUAUAAGCAUAUUAAUUAAUUAAAUUAUUUGUUUUUCAACUCAAGUAGAAAAAAUUCACCAAUGCGACAUUUUUGCUUAAAAUAUUUUUCUUAAACCAUUGUUGUUUUAGAAAUUCAUUUUUUUUUUAAAUGCUAAAGCAGAGAUCUCUUGUUGUAAUCAUCCCUAACAGACUCUCUGGUCUUUUGAUGGAUCAUCAGUAGUUUAUCCUUGUCAUGCUGUGCUUGUCAGCAUGAAAAUAGCAACUGGGCAGCAGCGAUUCUUCAUUGGUCAUACAGACAAGGUAAUGAUGCUGUCAGUUUGGAUAAGGUAGUAGCCCCAUCAGUAUAUGCUAAUUUGUAAUGCUAUUAAUACAGAACAGGUAAUGCUGUCAGUACAGACAAGUUAAUAAUCUCAAUACAGACAAGAUAGUAAUGAUUUCAAAAGACAAUGUGGCUAAUUAUUAUCUAAUAUUACUCAUUUGUUUUAGAGACAUUUUUGUUUCUGUAAUUAAAAUUAAAAACUCAUAUUUCCCCAAACUUUUCAGCUCUUAUAAAACACCCCCCCCCCCACUCCAAAAACUUUUUUUUAAAAAGUACUAUGAAAUGAACUUGUGUAUGAGCACCACUGCUUUAAUAUACUUUCACCUUAUAUUAUGUAGGAAAGGCGGCUUUGUUGUAUAAACUCAUUAGGUUGCUUGAGAAUAUUAUAAAUCAAUAUGUGCUCCCUCCCUUUAGUGUCAGUGUUAUGUAGUCAAUUUGUCAGUAGAGUUCUGAUUUCUUUUUUUUUUUUUUAGGUGUCUUGCCUGGCUUUCACAGCAAACUCAAGCUUACUGGCCAGCGGUCAGACUGGCUCAAUGAGUGUCGUGAGGGUCUGGAAGUAUCCAUCAGGUGAAUGUCUCAGUAUAUCCAAGGCUCAUGACCACUCACUGUCCUGUCUCAGGUAAAAAUAUUCUUCCUUUAACACUGAAUAGAUUUUUGAAUACAAUAAUGACAGAUUUAAUGAAUCAUGUUGUAAAUGAAAAUCAUGUGAGUUGAAAUUCUCACCAUGAGUUCUCAAGUGAGUUGAAACUAGUUGCCCACUGGGAAGCUUUUGUUUAAGAGUGUUGAUUUCCCUACAGCUUCUCUGCCAAGGGAGGAGUGCUUUGUGGACUUGGUAAAGACUCACAUGGCAAAAAUGUAAGUUCCUCCAUUUUUUUUUUACAGUUGUGUUAUUGGUAUGAAGUAAAUGCAGACGUGUGAGAAUGGUGUUCUGUGUAAGCUCAAUCAAAGAGGUUUAAACGUCUAAAUCAGAGAUUGGGAAAAUCCUUUAGCUUGUGUCAAAAUUUUUGUUGUUGUUAAGAGCCAGAAGUUAUGGUUGAAUUGGUUGUGUUCUGGAUGUUUUUUUGUUUAUAUAUACAUAUAUGACCCAAGGUCAAUUUAAUGAUAAUUUUGGCUCCUGGUUUGAAUUCAGAGUUAGCCUUCUCUUAAAUGAGUUGACAUCCAAGGCUAACUUGUCCAAUCCACCCGGGGUGCUUGACUGGGCUUUGCUGGAAUUGAACUCCAGACCACCAACUUUAGAUUUACUCAGUUUAGACCACUUGGCCACCCAGCACCCAAAGCAGUCAAUUAGAAAGGGUAAAAGAAUAGUGGAUUAGAAUAGGUGUAAUAACUGGAUUAUAAUGUGUCGAGUAACACUGGAUUAGAAUUGGUACGUCAAUGGUGUAUUGUGCAGUAAGAUGACUGCAGGACUUGUUUUGUAAAAUAAGCUGUGAAGAAAUGGUUAUUUUUUUUUUUUUAACAUAACAGAGCCUGUGAUGAUGAUCGGACAACAAAUUGUGGCUCCAUGAUCGCCUUUCUUCUUUAUGCCUAUCUAUAAUGAAAGAUCUUUUAAGGUAGCUUAUUUUUAUCUGCUUCUCGCUAUCAGCUUGUUGUGGUCUGGAACACAUCCAGAGUGCCAAAAACAAGGGAGAUGACCAUCUUGGCCAAAGGUCACACUGAUGUUGACAUCACACGCAUCAUCAUUGCUCCUUUUGAUGAUACCAGGUAGCGAGGAUUAUUUGGCAAUCUUAAUCUGAGAGCUCCAAUUUUCUGUUGUUUUAUUGAACGGUGCAUGGGGGGGGGGGAAUAAGUUGCUUCAUUAAUGUAAAAAAAAUUCAAAGUGGGAAGAAUAUGAGACUUAGUGGUGAAAAAAAAUAGACGUGCAACACUCGGCUUCAGUAAAGCUUUACAGAAAGUAUCUGAGAGCUCCAAUUUUCUGUUGUUUUAUUGAACGGUGCAUGGGGGGGGGGGGAAUAAGUUGCUUCAUUAAUGUAAAAAAAAUUCAAAGUGGGAAGAAUAUGAGACUUAGUGGUGAAAAAAAAUAGACGUGCAACACUCGGCUUCAGUAAAGCUUUACAGAAAGAUGCAUAUUAUAACAAAUUAAUUUUUUUAAGAAAUACAAGAUAUGACAAGAGUAGUUUUCAUUAGUGGACAAGCAAAGAGCAUUGAUAAGAAGGAAACAGGAGAGAGACAAUACAAAAGACAUGAAAACAUUUUUUUUUAAUAAAAUCAUUCCUCUGAGGUUGUUUAUGUUUGGACUUCUAGAAACAUGAGAUCAGAAACACUGGCAAAAUUGUAACUAUCUUUUUAAAUGUAUUUGCCUUGCUCUUUCUUUCCUUGCUAAGAAUGGUGUCCUGCGGUAGGGAUAAUGUGAGAAUGUGGAGGAUCAAAGAAGGAGCUUUGAGGUCAGCCCCUGUUAACCUUGGAGAAUAUCAUUCAAUGGAAUUCACGGAUAUCUGCUUUGAGUUUUGUUCUCACAUGGAUAGCCAGCCUGAGAACCAUCUCGUGUAAGUUGUUCUAAAGGUUGUUUUUUUUAAAUAAAUAUUUUGUAGCAUAAUAUGUCCAAAAUAAUCUGAAUUUAUUAUCUCUGAACAGAAUUACUUUUUAGAAUUACUAAAGUUUUCAUGUAUUUUUUGCAGAUAUGCAUGCACCAAAUCUGGCCAUAUAUUUGAAAUGGACUACAAUAAGCUCACCAUCCACCAUGUUCGUAGAUUACUGCCUCUUCAGUCUAAGCCAGGAAAGGGAACUAAAAUUAAAAAUGCAGCUGAAUCAAGUAAAACUCAUUAUAAAUUAUAAAGCUUUUUUUAAAAGAUUAUAGUAAUUAAUUAAAAUAAUAUUUACCCAAUUAUACAACAAAUUCAUGUUUAUUCCCAAAUAUUCAAUACGAAAGAGUUUAAAUGAAAUUUGGUUGAUCUGUUCCCAAAACUUAUUCAAUACAUUAUAAAAAAUAAAUUCUGUUGACCACCAUUUGCUUUUAAUGGUCAUCUCAUUUGCUCUUUCGCUCUCAUAAAUAUGAUGUCAAAAACCAAUUCAGUGGUCCCUCAUCUAGAGCAGGGUAUAGGAGAAAAUCCCCGACAAAGUGACCUUAAAUUUAAUUUAUUAUUUAUAAAUUUUUUUAAAAGCUUUGUAAGCCCUCCUCACACUGUUAUUAGCUUUACCCACACUCUUAAACCUACGUAACUUUAACAACAAAUAAAAUUCUUUGUAAAUCCGAGAUACAAUAAGCCCAAAAAGUGAACCACAAUAUGGCAAGGGAUGACUGUACAGCUAAUUUUCAAUUUCAUUUAAAUGAAAAAACUUUAAAAAAAAAUUAAAUUGAAAUUGUCUCCCCAGAUGCUGGUACAAUGUCCAUUAACGCCAUGCACCUCAAUGAAACUUUUUGCGUCACUGGCUCAGAUGAUGGUUAUCUCAGGUUGUGGCCCCUGGACUUUGCUCACGUUUACCUGGAGGCUGGUAGGUAUUCAUGGUCCAAAAGUUUUGUGUGUUUUUAUUCUCUUCUUUUGUUAAAGAAAACAUCCAAUUAAAAUUCAACUCACUCCAAUGGAAUAACUCUCUAGUCCUUUUUUCUACUCUAUCCUUAUUCAGUACAAUAAUCCCAAUUUUGACAAAUAAGAUCCUCACAAUUUUUUUACUCAAACAUAAAAAUUUCAUUGUUUAUUAUCUUUAAUCUUAGUAAAUGGGACAUUCAGAUUUUAUAAGUUUGACAUCAGUUUAAAUCAUUCACACAGAUACUUAUGUAGGCUCGGUCAUAAAUAAGGUGAAACAAAUUUGUCAUUUACUUUCUUAAUUCAACCAUUCUGUGACAAUCUAUUCCAGAACAUGAAGGUCCUGUAACAGCCACUCGUUUAUCUGCUGAUGGUUUGAAAAUAAUUGCUGGCACAUCAACAGUAAAUUUUUUUUUUAAUUUAAAAAUAAAAAUCAGUUUUCAAUUUCUUGCAUAUCUUUUGGUAGCACACUGUUGAUAUCUAUAAAUAAACAAUAGGGUAAAAUUUGUUGGUAUCAAGCUGUUCUCUGAAUGGUUUUCUUUUUUUCUUCUUUUUUUUUCUGUUGUAUUUAAAUUUAAAUAAUAACCAAAUCUUUUAAGCUUUGCUGUUUAUUAUUAAGUAUUCUUUAAUAUGAGUUAGUGUUUGGGAUUUUAGUCUUAAACAUUUUAUACAGGAAGUCAUUUUUUAAAAGAAUCAACCAAUUGUUGGGGGUGGGGGGGUCUGGAUUUAAAUUCUGAUACUAAUUGUUGUGCAAUGCAGGGUAACCUUGGUGUCCUGGAUGUCUCAACACGACAGUACACAACUGUUAUGCGAUCUCACACAGGGCGUGUCCUCUCAUUCGCUAUUGACCCCAUGAGAAAACACCUGGCCACUGUGUCAGAAGACAACACCAUUCGUGUAUGGGAUGUGGAGACCUUACAACAGGUGUGUAGAAAAAAAAAAACAACUGUGACUUUUUUUUGGUGUAUCAAAUUAUGCAAUGAACAGUCCCUCUGUGAUAUAUUGUGAUUACACUAGUGAUUGAUUAGUUGCUGCAUUGUUAAUUAAUCACUUUAAAAUAGCUUGUUAUUUUAACUUUCCAGUUAAGUGUUAAUGACAGAGCAUUCAAUCUUUUAAGUAAUGGGAAAGGUUUUUUUUUUUUUUUAAUUAUAAAACAAGUGAACAACUUUCUGUAAAUUUAAUGAAAAAUGUUACGUUGUAAACCUGUAGUAUUGUACUUUAUUUUUCUACCUCAAGUACAAAGUACCAUUGUCACCAGAUCUAUUUCCUUCAUCAAUUAUGAUAAUCUUUACAUUAUCUCAUUCUGAUUUUGCAGCUGUAUGACUUCAGUGCUCCUGAGGAAUGCCCCUGCAGCAUAGUCUACCACCCCAGCAAGCAAAUAUUUGCAUGUGGAUUUCACAGUGGAACAAUCCGUAUUUUUAAUGUUGAAUCCACUUCUUUGCUAGCUGAGCAUAGGUUGGUGGCUUAUAAAAUUAUUAAUAUUUCUGUUUAUUUAUUACUUAGAGAAAAAUGUAUAUUUCUAUUAUUUUUUUUUGCAUUUCAUAAAGUACCUAAUUUUUAUCUGAAUUAGCAUGUAUUGCAAGAGUAUGUAAACAAGAUUUAUAAUAAAAUAAUUGUAUUUUCUAAUGCACACUUUAAUGUUAAUCAUAGUAAACCUAAACUGCAUCAAAAGAGAUGUACACUGCUAAUUGUUUUGAUAAAAGAAUCAUGGCAAUAUAAAUUAUAUAGUCUUUGCACAUAGAAAAUAAUCCAAUCCAAAAAAACAUAACAAUAAUGAUUUUGAUGAAAACUAAAUGGAUGUUGGUUUAAGCAAGCUAUUAAUUUUUGCAGACAACUGAGAGGAGGAGUGACAGGGCUGGCCUACUCUCCUGAUGGAUCUCGCCUCUAUGGUUGCUGCUCACUUGGUGUGGCUAUCAUUUUUGAUGCCACGACUCUUGAAUACAAGGUAAUCUGAUGUUUAUUUUUUGACUAGCUAUAUAGAUGAGCAUUUAGAAAACUAGAAAGGUAUCGGGAAAAUAGUUGAAAUGUUGUGUAAUUCUAAUUUCUUUUAGGAUUUUUAAUUACUUGUUGCAUUUAAUCUCUUGUGGGAGAGGUGAUUGGUUUUAUUAUAAUUUGUCUUUUUGAUAUCUUUGUACCAUAAUUUAUAUAGAUGGUGCUAAUCCGUACGCAACUUCAUCAGGCUAAAAAUCUUUUGAAGCUCGGCUCAUUCCAAAUUUGAGGGAUCCCAAAAUAGAUUAUCUUAUUUAUAUGUAUUGUUGCUAUCACAUUUGAAUUGCGAGAUUUUUCUUCUAAGUAAAUAAUACAUUUUUCAAUAGCAUUUUACUUUUAUCAGGACUUUGCGGAAUAAACAAAAAACUAUAAGAUCUGAAGUGACAUUACUAUUUAAAUUUAAUACAUUUUCAAUGGGAUCUAUGACUUUGUUUUUGUUUCAAAACAUGAGGAUUGUUUUCUUGGUCUAGAAGAACAGGGAAAAAAAUUUAGAACAAUCAAGUGUACUCUGACUUUUCAAUGUAAGGGGCUAGAAUGUUUAAAAUUUAUUUUCAAGCGGAAGAGGUCAUCUUGUAGCUUUGCGAUUUGUUUCAUUCAUGAGGGUUUGAAGUGGAUUUCGAUGCAAUCAAAGUAAAAAAAAAACAAUAGGUCAAUUAUUUGAUAUACCAAGCAAAAGGGGACAUGUUUUUUUAAUGAGAAAUGUUCAAUUUUUUUUAAAAAAAAUUUAAAUCCAGCUUGGCCUCUUUUUUCUGGUUUGUAAGUUCACUGGUUGGCUAAGCGGUUUGGUGUGUCCACAUCAGGAUAUAUGUAUGCUUUGGAGUUUGCAACCACACUAUGCCAGAGUGUUGUAACUAAGAUAUUCUUAAUUUAAAAACGCAUUCAUGCACACACACUAAUAAAGUUCAAUACUCUAUGGAGGUCGAGAGUCUAUCUCUUAGGACCUCGGCCAUGAAACAUGGCCUGGUAGUCCCUGGGGACUCCGGCCAUGCAACACGGUCUCGAGUAAAAUGGUGUUCUGGGCAUUGCUUCCACUCACCAGGGGACAGCUUUGCGUCACCGCCCCCGGUGCCCAGUGAGUCAUGCGGUCUGGACGUUGGGUUGGAAUGGUUUUGCUUCCUCUCCGGGGAUGGCAUUGCGUUGCCUCCCCCACCGCCCAGGGAGCCGUACGUUCCUUGGUGUGGCACGGCUUUACCUCCACUCCGGGAGUAGUCACAAGCUUAACUUUCUCCCACCAUUCCUGGGAGUUGUGUGGACGUGGGUCUGAACGGCUUUGCUUCCUCUCCGGGGAGGUGUUGCAUUACCUCACCCCACCGUUCGGGGAGUGGUUCUGACGGGACUGUGUCGGGACGAAACGGUCGCCUAGGAGCGGUUUUCUCAGGGCCGCAUGUUUUUAACCCUCGGCAAGGGUUUUUUAAGAAACCCAAGCCUCAUAUCCAUUAUUGGCGACACGUAAUCAUGUUAGCGCACAACUCCAGUUGCGUGUGAAGUCAUGCGUUUGCUUGGAUCUUUUGGCUUCAGGAGUCACCUCCCUACUAGUCUUCCACACCACGCAGAGGUAAGAUCCGUGUGACACCGCAGAGAGCAUGGCGAUGUGAGUUUUCUCCCAUUUGAGCGCUAGCUAUCCUGAGGGAAACUUCGAAGCACACACACUAAAUUACCCUAUUUUUCUUUUGUUUGUUUAGGUUAUCAGAGUGGUGGCAGGUCUGGUUGCCAGGGGAGACAAGUUCGGUCCACAAGCACUUGCUGUAAGCUCAUGUAGUAGAAGGGUGGCGUUUGUUGACCCUACAGAACUCACUGUUACAGUGGCGGAUGCAAAAUGCCUUGAUGAGGUAAGUCUUCGCAUGGGACUUGUAACUGUGGGAAUUGUUGCUGUGGGAACAGAGAUUAUUUCCUAUAAACUAAAAUAUUAUGCACCAAACGCACUUGCUGUAUUUUUAGGAAUCUCAUUUAUUGAAGUUGUUGUGAAUUUUAUUGCACUUUUUGUGAAUUAUGUACUUUGAUAUAUCAAUGACAAAAGCUAAGCAUUUCUUAUUCCAUGAUCCUUGGAGCUAAAAAUCAUUUUAUUUUGCCUCAGCUCAUCAGGAUAGAUGUGUCCAACAUGAGUGCUGGCUCUACUGUCAUGGAUGCAGCUGAGAGGGUCACCUUCUCCCCCUCCAGGGUCGGCCACAUGCUUGUGACAACAGCAAACAACAAGCUCAUCAAGUACGAGGCCAGAACUGGCCGCUUGUUGCAGGAGGUAAAUUUAGUGUAGCAAGCCAGAGCCGUUGAUCAACAAUCAUGCAAACCUUUACCAGGGUCAAGGGUGGUCUGCUGGUUGGCUGUUGUGUAACAAUCUACAAUCUUAGUCAGGGAUAAUGGUGGGCUGUUAUACAACAAUCUGUUAUCUUAGUCAAUGAUGAUAGUGGGCUGUUAUACAACAAUCUGUUAUCUUAGUCAAUGAUGAUAGUGGGCUGUUAUACAACAAUCUGUUAUCUUAGUCAGGGAUGAUAGUGGGCUGUUAUACAACAAUAUCUUAGUCAAUGAUGAUAGUGGGCUGUUAUACAACAAUCUGUUAUCUUAGUCAAUGAUGAUAGUGGGCUGUUAUACAACAAUCUGUUAUCUUAGUCAGGGAUGAUAGUGGGCUGUUAUACAACAAUCUGUUAUCUUAGUCAAUGAUGAUAGUGGGCUGUUAUACAACAAUCUGUUAUCUUAGUCAAUGAUGAUAGUGGGCUGUUAGUUGGUUGAGUCUUUUGCCAUGAAGUAAAAAUGUGUUGAUGUAAUGUAGAAAACCCAAACUUUUUGUCUGUCAGGUUGAUCACAUCCACAGAGCUGGCUGUAGUGCUGUGACUGUAUCUGACUGUGGUCAAUAUCUGGCCACAGGAGGGGACAGGACCAUCAAAAUUUGGAGUUAUGAUCUCAACUUAGACAUUAAUUUUCAAGUAAGCGAAGAAGAUACUGAAAUAUUUUUAGCCAACAGCUAAUAACUAUGAGACUAAUAACUCGAGCCUUACAUAAACCAUGUUUGAGAUGGCUUAAUGUGACAUCUCAAAACUGUAAUGUGUAACCAAAGCUCUGAGCUCAUCAUAUUUCUGUAUGACUUUUGGGUGGCUUGAUGUCAUGUUCUGAUCCGUGCCCUCAGGUGUUUAUAGGACACAGUGAGAAUGUCAGUAAGAUACACUUCACCCCUGACGGCCUCAACCUCAUCAGCUCUGGGGAAGCCAUUUACUUCUGGGAUUUCCUGGUCAAAAGGCCACCCACCCCUCCCGUGUAAGUUCUACCAUUAAAUUUUAGUAUGGUUUGUUUGCUUUUUUGUUUUGAUUUUAUCGAUUAACUGUACAAAAUUAAUGAUGGAAUGGUUUUUCAUGUGAUGUAUGAAUGGGGGUGAGAAACUGGAUCGGGUUCUUAAAGUAAAGUUUGUUUAGAGAGGGGUUGGGGUUACAACUGAUAUUAUCACUCAAAUGUUCAAAAUUUGGAUGCAACUAUGUACGCUCGUUUUACUUAAUGGUGUGAGUUCUGUUUUACCAGUUGUAUGGUUUUCUUAAUGGUAUAAGUUCUAUUUUACCAGUUGUAUGGUUUUCUUAAUGGUGUGAGUUCUGUUUUACCAGCUGUACGGUUUUACUUAAUGGUGUGAGUUCUGUUUUACCAGUUGCAUUGUUUUACUUAAUUGUGUGAGUUCUGUUUUACCAGUUGUACGGUUUUACUUAAUGGUGUGAGUUCUGUUUUACCCGUUGAAUGGUUUUCUUAAUGCUGUGAGUUCUAUUUUACCAGUUGUAUGGUUUUCUAAAUGCUGUGAGUUCUAUUUUACCAUUUGUAUAGUUUUCUUAAUGGUGUGAGCUCUAUUUUACCAGUUGUAUGGUUUUCUUAAUGAUGUGAGUUCUAUUUUACCAGUUGUAUGGUUUUCUUAAUGAUGUGAGUUCUAUUUUACCAGUUGUAUGGUUUUCUAAAUGCUGUGAGUUCUAUUUUACCAUUUGUAUAGUUUUCUUAAUGGUGUGAGCUCUAUUUUACCAGUUGUAUGGUUUUCUAAAUGCUGUGAGUUCUAUUUUACCAUUUGUAUAGUUUUCUUAAUGGUGUGAGCUCUAUUUUACCAGUUGUAUGGUUUUCUAAAUGCUGUGAGUUCUAUUUUACCAUUUGUAUAGUUUUCUUAAUGGUGUGAGCUCUAUUUUACCAGUUUUAUUGUUUUACUUAAUGAUGUGAGUUCUAUUUUACCAGUUUUAUUGUUUUACUUAAUGGUGUGUGCUCUUUUUACCAGCCAUGCAGUUUUCUUAACCACCCUACCUUGCAGUUAGUUGUUUUUUUUAUGACCAACCUUACAUUUGAUAUUUGAUUUGAUCCCAACAGUGAAGGACGUAUGUCGGCCAAUGACCUAGGUAAGCCAGGUUUUGUUUUGUCGUUAAAUCUUAUGAUUGUAGUUUGACUUGCCUCUAUCAUUCUUGCACCGUCUCUAAUAAUAGCAUAGUUAUUUCAUGACUUAUUUGUGGGUGUAUAAUAUUACGAGUAAAUAGCUCUGAUUGGAAAUACACCAAGCACACUCACUGAUGGAGACACGUUGAUUCUACAGAUGAGGUUUUAUCAUGUGCCGAGACGAUGAGCAUCCCCGAUGACAUCUCCCAGCCCCCACAGCGUCAGCCAUGUUUUCCCAGGCCCAAAACCACCAAAACCAUCUCCCCACGCUCUGAUGAGAUUGAUGUUGACAACAUAAGUUCAAUCGACCCGGCAAGUGGUGAGCCUGGUAGCAUCCAUAAUCUUGUAGUUCACAAAUCAAGGAUAUUUUAUUAUGAUCCUUUUUUUAAUUGAGUUGUCCUUGUUUCAAAAGAUUUUACUAGACUCUGACAAAUUUAAAUUUAAUGCCAUAUUGAUGAUACUUGGGUGUUUGUGGGCAGACUUCGUUUAAAAUAUCCCGUCAUUCACUGCUUCAGGUGGCUUGAGUUUGAGGCCACACCCUUCUUAGCAUAUGACUUCAAAGCGUGAUUAAAAACCUUUUCUAGCUAUUAACAUAAUAUAUGAUUCGUGGUUCAGUUUCCUCACUCCCAUCCAAUAAAUAUAGUUUCAGUUGGAUAGGCAGAGUACAUUUGAUGUUCUAAUUUUUUUUUUUCCUGUUAUUCCAGACCAAGAAGACAAUCCUCAGGUUUUGAAACAAAAACAAAGUUAUAGAUCCCGUGAAUUUCCCAAAGCCUUCAAAUUAUCUAGCAGUGUACAAAAUACCAGCGUGAAAGAUCAUUCCCAGCAGAUAGCCAAUGGCCUGAGGGACGGCCUCCAUUUUAACGCCAAUGGCUCAAGGGACGGUCAACAUUUAAAUGGUGGUGCUGAUUUCCAUGCCUGGUCACAACCAGUUGGUAACCAAGCAUUACCAGAUCCACCCAAGAGGGGAUUAACCAUAAAGAGAUCAGAUAACCCAGUCAGCUCUGAAACAGCUGAUCCAUCAGUAUUUGUUCACUACAAACAAAGGCAAAAACUUGAUCGAUUAGCACAGGUUUGUUAAUAUACAGAUUCUUUAAUUUUUAUUAGAGAAUAUAGCGUUACUGUCCUGUUAGCUAUAUUACAUUUUAAAUUAGCAAACACAUUUGUCCAAGCCUUAUUUACAUAUAUUACAAUUUUUUUUGCAUAAAACUUCACAUUUUUCAUUAUGAAAUAAAUGAGGCUGUUAAAGCGCAUACCGUAAAUAUGUGGCUGUUAAAUCUGUCAUCUGAAAUAAGACCGUGUUGUCUUGUUAAACUUAUUAAUAAUCUAUGGUCCGAUUUUCUUUCAAUGUAAAUUGACACUUUUUGUCAAUGUAUUCUGUAAAUUCAAUAGAGGAGGUACAUAGCUCCACCGAACCAGGCCGGCCUCAAGCUCAAGUCUGUGAUUGGCUUCAACAGCAAUGGUCGAAAUAACAUGGUGUGGCACCCAGACACAGGUGAGCACUUAAAAGAGCAUUCAUUUGUAUAUGUCAUUGUGAGAUUGGCCUACAUGGCCAAUGAUGAUCGGUGAGAUUGGCCUACAUGGCCAAUGAUGAUCGGUGCUAGCCACAAAGGUAGACGUGUCAUCAGUUUGUCCCUAAUCUGAUCAGAUGUUUUUAUGGUUUGCUCUCUUCUCAAUGGAGUCAUAUUUGUUUCUGAUGGGCAACACUUGUUAGUUGAAGAAAUGUGAAGGGUUCAGUGUUCCAAUCACAUCAGCUUUUUCACUGUCUUAUGUAUAUUUAAUGUUUGUUAAUUUUUGGUUUGGGGAUAAACUGGGAAAUGUUUAACAUAUAGCGGACCUGAGCGGGUAUCAAACAAGCAAAUGACUUGAUACCCUAGGGAUGGGCUUCCAAUUUUGAAACUUUGAAAUUGCUGCGAAAAAUUUUUUUAUGUUAAUGCCCCUCACAUAUUUGAAUAGGUACCUUUAAGUUUAUUGCGCCUUAAUGUUUCAUCAUUAUUGUACAGGAGUUAUCUUUCAUUUUCUGUUAUAGUGUUUAGUUUUAGAAAUAAAUAUUCCAUUUCAGGUUUCUUUGCAUACACAUCUGGCUGUGUCAUAGUGAUUGAAGACCUUAACUCUGGAGAGCAAUCCUAUUUGUUUGGUGAGUAGUUACAAUGUCUUACAGAAGUUUACUGUUGUGAAUGGCAGCCCUGUGCAACCAUAUUUUUAUUUUCUAAAACCUGGCUAUUUCAUGCAUAAUUCCUAUCUUAAUUUACUAAGCCUCUUUGUGACUAUUGCAUUUUUUUUUCUGAGUCAUUUAUUAAAAGUGAUGAGAUUUUAAAUAGUCCUGAAGAAAACCUUUUUGAUUUAGAAAUAGCUAUUUUUAGAUUUUAAGAUAUCACUAUCAUACUUUGACCAAAAAGGUUUCCGACCCCUGACCUAGGAGAUGGUAAAACUCAAGUGUUAUGGCAUGUGUGUAGGCCUAUUUUUAGCCACCACCACUUGUUCCCCCCCUUUUUCCCCCUUUGUUUUGCCUUAAUAUUGACCAGGCCUGCACAACAUACGGCCCGGCAGCUUGCAGCACCCACUUUGCGUCGGCACAAGUUUUACAUAAAGUAUUAUGGCCCCCCUUACAUUUUGAGUGGUGCAGGCCUGAUAUUGACAAGUUCAUUUUUUGCCACUCCUUACCCACCCCUUCCUUGAUUAAGAAAAGGUUGUUUACUUUCAAAUUCAUUCUGUUUGUUCUAAAGAAUGCUAUCAGAUGACACAAUUUCUAGAAUUUUUUACUAGAUGGCUCUAGACGGCAGCUUUCCUAGCGGAAGGAGAUAUUUUUGCUAUAUUUGCCUAACAUAUAUGAGAUUCUAUAUAAUUGCAAUAUUUUACUCUUUAUGUGUGUGUGUGUAAAUUAAUAUUUGUAUUUUUCUAGGCGUGUACAUUUUCCCUUGCUGUGUUGUAAGUUAAUACAGUUUUUUUGUUUCUGUAUAUUUGAAUUUAUAUUUUUAUAGAAAUUUAAUUGUAUAAUUAAAUUGAUUUCUGUUAGCAUCACUAGCUUUCGUAACGUUUUUAUUUUCAUAAUGCUUUUCUCAGUGCUUUGUUACGUAUUGUUCAUUCUAUGAGCCAAGUUUAAAACGGAUUAAAUUUUCAAAACCCUAACGGUACAAAACAUUCAGUAUCACUGAUGCAAAUCAAUGUAAAUUAUUCAUUGUUACGACGUAGCUACUUGGGCUUCUCCAGGCUGCAAGGUCUAAGGCUAGAUACCUGAGACAGCUAGUUUAGGUCUGUUCAACAGGCAAGAUACCUGGGACUGCUUGCUAAGCUGUGUUCAACAGGCCAGAUACCUGCAACUGCUUGCUAACCUGUGUUCAACAGGCCAGAUACCUGCGACUGCUUGUUAACCAGUUUUCAACAGGUCAAAUACCUGCGACUGCUUGCUAACCUGUGUUCAACAGGCCAUAUACCUGAGACUGCUUGCUAACCUGUGUUCAACAGGCCAGAUACCUGCAACUGCUUGCUAAGCUGUAUUCAACAGGCCAGAUACCUGCGACUGCUUGUUAACCUGUGUUCAACAGUUGUAUUCUGUGAUGAGUGAAAUAUCUUAAACAAAGUUUAACAUUGUUAUUUCUUAUCCUUGCAGGCCACACAGAAGAAAUCUCUUGCCUAGCUCUGCAGCAUGAUAGCUUGGUAAGGUUUCAUACUCAAUGCUUUAGUUCAUCUGAUCGAAGUUUAUCUCUUAAAAUCAACUUGGGCAGUGGAAGGUCACCAUGAAAUAUUGCAUCAUUUUCAGGUGCAAAUAUGUAACUCAAGUGAUUUUAAUUACUUGUUUUAUUUGUUUUUAACUUGACCCUUAAACUUGAAGGAAAAAGAAAUCACCAUUUUGUAGAAUUUUUGAAAAAUCGGAUUCGGCAAAAGCUCUGAGAUUCAAAAAAAGUUUGGGAACCACUGAAUUAGGCCAUUGGUGGGUUUAUUUGCAAGAUUUAACCACAAUGCUGACAUGGUUGUUUUUUUAGAAACAGAAAAAACACUAAUUCUUCAAAAACAGCUUUUACUGUUAAUGUCUGUUGUAAAUCCAAAUUGAAGCAUAUCUUUGCUUAUGUAUGAAUCCAUGCAUGAUUUCUUCUGUUUACUAUUGGUAUUUAGAAAUCCAAAGGUUUUAUACAAAUGUAAGCAAUAAAGACACAAAAUCACAAAAAUGUACUAUUAAGGUUUUUAAAAAAAAUUCUUUAUAUAAUUACUUCGCUUUUGUUCCUGUGUUUCCGGCUGGCAAAAUCUUUGGAUGGCUAAUUGGCCCACUUUACAUCAACCUAUUGAGCUAAACUUGGCACAUAGACUCGUUGCCUAAGACAACGCAUUCUAUCAUAUUUUGAGCCCGAACCCCCCAAAAAUAAAAAUAAAAUUUCCGUGUUUUUCAAGGGAAAAUGAAGGAGAUAUAACACAGAUGUCACGAAAUAAAAAUUCCCAAUAAUAGCAAAAUGAGAUUCUUUUUUUUUUAAAAUAUGGCAAGUGCUUUUAUGCGUAAUGUUUGUUUUGUUUUACUGAAAUAGUUGGUGAAAUACAUCUGUGGUGUAAAAGCAGGUGGGUCAGUAGACUAUUAAUAUAGUUCAGGGGCAUUUUAAAAAAAAUGUCAGUAAUUGUAUGUAAGUUUUGUCAAAUUUUCUAGGAAAAACUUUGUUUUUAGGGGUUGUUUAAUUUUCAAGGAAGUAAAUUUCUUUUCGUCAUGUGUCUUCAGUGUCUAGUGUCUGCCAGCCCAGCCUUCAGAGACUCCCUUUGUCAGAUUUGUGUUUGGGAUACACAGACAAAGGUGUGUACGAAAACACUGCUGCAUCACAAGUUUGGCAUUCAGUGCCUGGCUUUCUCUCGUGACGACAGGUUUCUGGUCUCUGUGGGUAAGUCUUAGAGCUGUAAUAUAACAAAGUUUCCUUGCACGUAACUCAAGGGAAUUUAAUUCUUUUGAUUUGCGAGUUUAUAUUAAGUUCUUAAAGUAAAUUAGAAAUACAGGGAAGCAACCCUUGCAAAUUGUAGUGUCGAUCCAUACUUAUUACUUCCCUUGCAUUUUUAUUUUUAAAAAUGAAUUCAUUGUAAGCAUCUGUUAAUAUUUAACUAUAUUUCUUAUGCACUACCAAUAAAUAUUUAGGAAAUAAUAAAAGCUUUUUAUUUUCUAUAAGGUCUAGAUCUAUACAAAUUAUUUUUUUUUAAAACUUUUUUUAAAUUUUCCUAAUUUGAUACUUGUUAAAAUUAUUAUUUUAAAAAAUGUUUUUUUUAAAUCAGGAGAUUACAGAGAAAAUAGUGUUGUUGUAUGGAGUAUAGAAAACCUUGAACUGGUUACAAAAAGUAUGGCAGCAUCUGCUAUCCACUCCGUCAAAUGGGACCCAUUUACAGUCAAUGAAUUUGUGACAGUUGGAGAAGAUGGCACUGUCCUGUUCUGGUUGUUGGAUGAGACCGCCUCUGAUGUUUGCCUCAAUGUGUAUGAAGCUGAGCUGCCUGGGGAUUUGGUUAAUCCUGAUAGAAAAGUAAAAGUCACUUGUUAAUCUAUCAAACAUGAAAUAGGGCUGCUUAGCACCUGCACCAGUGAGUUAGUAAAUAUCUCUCUCUCUUUCUUUAUUUUACUGGUGGCUAGAAACAACUCUCUCCGCCUUUUUCUUUCUCUUUGUCUUUCUUUCUCUUUUUUUGUGAAGUCUCUUUCUUUUUCUCUCUCUCUAUCUCUUUCUUUCUCUAUCUUUCUCUUUCUUCCUUACAGUCACAUCCAACAUAGUAAAUUUGAACUGUUAAAACUCUAUUUCAGCAGUGCCAUCCAAUAGCCUUCACAUCACAGGCCUAUGCAGGAGACAGCACCAUGUACAUUGGCACAGACAGUGGCAGAGUGUCAGCAUGGGACACAAGACACAACACUUGCUUCAUGCACUGGGAAGCUGACACAGCAGAGAUUAGUGAGUUGUCAGAUACUAGAGCAUUCAACUCAACAGUUUACUCUGCCUCCAAAGGAAAAUCAUUUGGACAAUAACAUUUCAAUUUUUAAUUCAUGUUUACAGCUGUUUAAAACACAGUGUAAAUUGUGCCAAAUGUUGCUUUCAACAUUAUCGUGUUGACACAAAUAACUCUAUUGUCAUGUUCAGUUUGUAAGAUGAAAUUUCCUUGUUAACUAUUGUUGCACACAUUGUCUCUGUAACUCGUAAGUCAGAUAUUUCUGAAAAUGCAUUUUUUGGGGUAAAAUUUAUUAAUCCUUUUAGAAAGCAGAAAUCUGUAAGAAAACACUUUGCCAGAAUGAACAAGGCAACAAAAAAAAAAAGGACAGACAGUGACCGAUCCCUAACUGAUGACCUGAAGUCCAAAGAGGGAGCUCAUUAUGCAAGCAUUUCUCUUUUCGAAGAAAUCUUCACAAAGGUUGAGGCAAACAGAGCUCGGAAGAAGCUGAAAUCUCAAAAAGUACCAGGCCCAAAUAAAAUCCAUAACGGGAUGCUGGUAAAUUUGGGCCCUUCAGGGAAAAACCUUACUGGAUCCUAUAAACAGCACUUGGUGUGGAAGCCCAAUCCCUAAAAUCUAGUAAAAUGCCAUCAUAACGCAAAUAUUUUUUUAAAAAAAAGGCUCCAUGACUUCCUCCAUUGGAAAACUUGCUGAAAGAAUGAUCAACAAUGGCCUCUAUUGGUGGCUAGAAACAGCUGACCGCCUCAAUAAACACCAAGCUUGCUUCAGAGCUGGACAGCACACUGGUAAUCAACUCUUCCCCAUGAGCCAAAAGACCUUAAAUGGCUUCCCAAGACAAAACACCACAGCAUUCUUUGUCGACCUCCAGCUGGCCUGUGAUAGAGUGUGGCAGAAGCUGGCCUGUGAUAGAGUGUGGCAGAAGCUGGCCUGUGAUAGAGUGUGGCAGAAGCUGGCCUGUGAUAGAGUGUGGCAGAAGCUGGCCUGUGAUAGAGUGUGGCAGAAGGGUUAACUCUGAAAAUUAAACUGUGCAGGGCAGAGAUUCUUGGCAAGCUGUACAAAUGGUUAAAUGUUUUUCUCUCUCACUGAAAUCGAAAUAAAAAUAAUUAAUGCCACCUCAUCAAAAUCUAUCCUGGAAGAAGUACUCCUACAAGGUGCGUCACUGAUUUUCACCUUAUUUUUAAUGUUUAUUAAUGACCUUCCAGACGAACUACAGGUACAGAAGGCACUCUAAGCAGGGGACCUUGUGAUCAGAAGGCACUCUAAGCAGGUGACCUUGUGAUGUGGCAUACAUGAUGAACAUACACAGGCAAAAGUGCAAGACGUCUUAACAAAGACUUGAUCAGGCUGGAAACAGAAAAUAAACAGAAACAAGACAGCAUUCUUAGUACUCUCUGUCCUCACUAAAAGCCACAAGGUAGCCCAACAGAACAUUACACUAUCUAGAGUGUGUACAUUUUUCACCUGGGCCACAGGCUGAAGGGCACAUGUGCAAACGGCCACUGUAUCUGAAUGAUGAUGAUGAUGAUACAUUUGGAAAAUACAUUUUCUGCCACAUGUCUUAACUUGUUAAAACUUUCUAUUUUUAAGUCAUAAUGUUUUUAAUGUCUUCUGUAGAAUUUGGAAAAACCUGAGUUUAAGAGUGUUAUUGUUAUGGCAGCCAUGCAUGACUUGGUGCAACUCAGUAAUUUAAAUGUCAUCAUCAGCUUGCCUUUCGCUAUAAUGUGUUUAAUUCACAAGUGUUUUUGUGAACACAUUGUGUCAUCUUCUAUUUUAUUUCAUAUUUGUGAACAUUUUUGUCACAGCCAAGCUGGUGUCCCGACACAGCAGAUUAAUGACUGCCUCCUGCAGUAAGACUCUGAGACUGUGGUCAGUCGGGAGGGUCAGAGACAUGAAGAUGACCCAAUCGUUGCAGAAGGCAUCUCUGGGUGUCACUAUGGAGGAUGAGAUGAGCCUCGACGGUGCCAUAACUUGUGCCGAAUUCGAUGACACGCUAGAUAUGGUAACUUAUUUUAACUAUAUACUUAAACAUUUUACAGUUAUCAUAUAUUUCCCUAAGCAUUUCCUGUUAUUGUUUCUGAAAUUUGUUUAUAACCUAAAUCGUUACUUGUUUUCUAAAUAAAGUUUUAAAAUUAUUGUAAUAAAUAUUUGAAAAGUUAUUUAGACUAACAUUUCCUUUGCAUAUUAAGGGUUAUUGAUAAUGGGCCUGUUAAGCUCAUCUGAAUUGGGAAUAAAAGCUUUAAAACAAUUUAAUCCUUUAAGAGUAUUUGUUUUUGAAAAUAACCCAAAAUAAUGGCUUUCCAAUGAGAAUCUUGGGGAUUGGUUGAUGUUAUAAUGUUUUGGCUUGUUUCGGUUGAGUCAUGCCGUUAAAAUUCAUCCCAUUUAAUUUUUAGGGCAUAGUAGGCACUGAUGCUGGCACUCUCUGGUACAUCAACUGGUCAGAAAGAACUUCUAUACGUCUUGUAUCUGGGCACAAAAAUAAGGUAAUUUCAGCCGCUUUUAAAUAAUUUUUUUUUUUUAAAUCUUUUGUGUGAUAUUUCUGUACAAAGCAUUGAAACUCCAAUGUUUUGAUGUCUAAUAUUAAAUUUAGUUUGAGCUAACUCUGACAUAUGACACUGUGGAACAUACAGAAGUAACUUUAUGUAGCACAUCUAUUGAUAAUGACUAGACAAAAUGUGUAACUGAUGACUUACUAACAGAUCAAUGGCGUGGCAUUCACCAUGAACAACCUGCUGAUGUCUGGAGGGGAUGACGGCAGUGUUAGGGUGUGGUCCCUCAAGAACAGGGAACAAGCAUUACAGUUUCAAGUCUUAGACCAGGUCAGACCCUUUGCUUCAUUUAAUCUUUUUUUUGAUUUUAUACAAUUAACAUAACACUGCUUUAUAAAGAAAAGCUGCCUACUGAAAGCUGUAGCAUUAUUUGUUAAAUCAUCUAAAAAUAGCUUGCAGACAGUAUUUUCUCAUGUGAUCUCAGGCAUGCACAUGCCUGGCAGCAGGGCCAAGUGGUAGGAAACAGAGUCUUGUUCCCCUGGUUGCCAGUGGCUACAGUGAUGGGACUGUCCGAAUAUUCGACAUCAACAAGGUUGAAAUGCUGCUAAAGAUGCGUCCACAUUCUGUCACAGUUACAGCCAUUGCUUUCUCUGCAGACGGUAAGUGAUAAGAAACCUUUGGAAGGCAGUAAUUUAGCUGAUUUGACAUGGUGAAUCCUUUACAGUGUUCAGUUUUAUACAUCUCAACGUUUAAAUUAUAAAAUACAUUUUAAAAAUAUUACUUCAAUAUUAAACUGGUAUCAAGCAGAGGAUAAAUUAUUCCUGUAUUUAUAUUUUCCUUCGAUCAGAAUAUUCUUUUUCAAAAAUAAAAUUCCAGGGUUAAUGAUAUUGUCUGGUAGCAGUGACGGACUUUUAGCUGUGAGCAGUCCUACAAAUGGUAUGACGGUCCGUGUGAUUAAUGACCACAGGGGUGUGGCGAUUUCAAACAUUGAUGUCACCUUCACUAAGGUAAACAUUCUUUUGAUGACACAAUUAGGCAAGAGAUAUAAAGCAGAUCAAUUAGAGUUGUACGUGCCAUGGUGUUGUUGUAAUUAUGUUGUCUGUGUGUUCAAGGUCAAUGGUGGACAGGCUUAAAGUACAUUUAUAAUCAAAAUAACUUAUGGAUUUUGCUCUGUGUUGUAGUUAUUUAUAUACUUCACUAAACAGGAUGUAGAUGUGGGAGUUACUGCCCCUACGUUAUGGCUGGCCAGCAGCAUGGAUAGAAGAGCAAGUGUCUGGUCGGCUGACUGGUCCAAAGAUUUUUGUGAGCUCGUUGAUUGGUUGACAUUCCCAGCUCCGGCUUUCAUGCCAGAUGGUUCAAGGAUAAACCGCCAUGAUCAUGUAAACCUUUGACAUUUAAUUUUUUUUUUGUUAUGUGUGUUGUGUAUUUUUGAGACAUAUAUUUGUAAGUAAGUUAUUCAACUUAUAAGGAAGAAAAAAAACAAUGCAGUGUGCCAGAGAGAAACAAUAAGUAAUAGUGCUUUUUGAUUUCUUUGCUUCAAGACAUCAAGUAAAUUUGUAAAUUUUUCACUGUGAUCUUCAGAACCACUUUAACCUGCUUCCCCCCACACUGGCAAGGUUCUCACCUGAUGAAGCAGAUAUAAUAGUGUACACAGGGUACGGCAUGGACAAGUCUGUACACUUCUACAGCCUGACUCAGAGAAAGGUAGGUUUCUCUUUAUGUUCAGUCAACUUUCAGUACAUUUGAGUCAAUUUUUUAACUUUAUAUGCAGUUAGAGAACAAAUUUUAGUGUUAAAUGGUUUUCACUUUAUUUAUGUUUAAUAGUAGCUUAUGAUUUUUUAUUUUUUUUUACAUUUGAAUGAUCACAUUGGUCCCAAGAUUUUUGUGAACUUUCUGGAUUAGUCAACAAAAUACCAAUAAAAUAAUUACAGCUUUUUAAGAGGCAGAGACAGUUAAAUUGUUAAGUUAUCACUAAAAGUUAUUGUUAUCUAUUUAUAAGAUAUCCUUACAUAGCUCAUAUAAUCUGUUUGUAAGAUAUCCUUAAAUUUUUUUUAAGUAAUCUGUUUAUGAGAUAUACUUACAUAGUUAAAGUAAGCUGUUUUUUUUGUAAGAUAUCCUUACAAAGAUAAAGUAAUCUGUUUGUAACAUAUUCUUAAAUUGUUAAAGAAAUCUGAAAGAUAUCCUUAUAGUGUUAAAGUAAUCCUCUCUGUCCUGUCACAGAUUGUAAGGACAGUUAACCUGACUCACUGGAGCUUGUGUAUGGAUGUGUCACCUGACUCAAGUCUAAUUGCUGUUGGAAUCUCUGGUAAGAUUUCAUUGGUGGGACCCGAGGUUUUUGUUGUUUUUUUUAUCAAUACUGUGACAAUAAAAUCUGGCCACAACAGCUUGUCAAAUUGUUAUAGAUGUGCUGAUCUUCAAGGCAGCGGCAUGGCAGAAGUUAGAGUUCAUGAUGCUCAACCUCACUCCCCUCCCCCGACAUUCAUUCAUACUCACACACAAAAUGCCAUACUAUCAAAGACAGACCACAGGCAGAUCCAUGAUGGCCAUUGAGGCUUAUCCCUCUUCCCAAUGGUUUAGAUUAUAAACUUCGUUUGGAUAGUAACAGAUAUUUUAACAAACUGCUGUCCCAAGCUUGAUUCUUACACAAAUAUGGUGAAUCUCUGCUACUUUAGGUUAGUUCAACAAUCGGUUGCAUGGAGUAAUGAAAUUGUGACUGAUGUAGUAUAUCUUACUACAAUUCAGGCCGAAAAUUGUUUGUAAGUUAUGCCCACGGCUCUACCUUACCCUACUCUUUACUGCCUGCAAGUAUAAAUAAACGUAGUGCUAGAAUUAACCAGUUAAAAUGUCAGAAAUAAUCACAGUCCAACCUUCCUCUCAUUAUUUGUCAAUGUUUGUUUUGUUCCAGAACGCCUGCUAAAAUUGAUGGACUAUAAUGAAGGGAGCUUCCAGGAUUUCACUGGCCAUAGUGAUGGAGUCAGUCUCACUAAGUUUUCCCCCAGUGGCUCCAUGCUGCUUACUGUGUCUCAUAACGAGAUGUUUAUCUGGGAGGUGACACUCUGACCUUUGAACUGACCAUUAAAGUCAGUUACCUAAGAAUUGUGAAAUCAGUUGUUUAACUAGGAGGUGACUUUUUCAACUAUCCCUUGUUGGAGAAUUCGUUACUUAUCCACCUUGAAGACACUAAACAAUGGAGUAAACUCUGCUAAUAUUGUACAGCUCUGAUGACACUUCUAUAUAGUAAUUAGCCCAAUCUUGCAUUUUACAGAGACUUUUAAACUUUCUCAGCAUCCAGUUGUGUCAGUAGCACAACAUGCAGACUAGCAACAAUAUCCUAACAUAAACCUAAGACUUUUUCUAAUAUAACUACGUAUUCUUUGAUGCCAUUUCUACAAUCUUCUCUGUAUCUAUUUCAAAGUAAAAUAUAUUUAAAUUUCAUGAAUUCAUGUAUAGUUUUUUUUUGUUUAUGUUUUACUGUUAAUUAAGUCCUAUUAGCAAACUUCCUAUAGUUUUAUGAACCACUUCCAACAACUUGUUGUCGUGGGUGUUUUUGUAGAUAUUUUCUAUGACAUUUAAGAACCUUUGAUGUAGGCAAUAUUUCCAGUCAUAUCUCUAUUUUUGCAUCCGUCCAUUUCUUAAACAUGUAAAUCUAUGAUACAGUGAGGUGCUGUCUCUUCUCUAUGAUAUUAUAAAUUGACAAGAGGCAGUUGGAUGAAAGAAUAUCUGUCAAAGAUGCACUCUUUAUGUGAGAUAGCCUGAUGAAAGAAUGUCUGUUGGAGUAAGUGAUUCACUUCAUAUGUGCAAAACAGAAUAGAUCUGAUUCCUUUUGAAUGUUAUUUAUAAUGUGACUGUACUGUAAAUAAAC